GGCGACGCUCACCGACUACCAGAACCUCGCCAAGGUCGUGCCGAACCUCGUCUCGAACACCGUACUCUCGGCGGAGGCGCACGUCGGCGCGCGGCUGCAGCAGGUCGGCGCGGCCAGGCUGGGAGGCGUCGCAACCUUCACCGCCCAGACGACCCUGGACGUGCGCGAGUAUCGGCACGGCCUUCCGCCGAACAUGGAGGCGGACCACCUCGACGGCCAGGCAGAACAGGCCUCCGCGCGCGAGAUCGGGGCGGCGCUGCCGCUCCGCGACGGCGUCUUCCCUCGCCCGUACUCCAUCUCCUCGCUGCCACACCGCGACAUCACGAUGAAGGCCGUCGGCGGCGACUUCCGGCACUACCAGGGCGUCUGGCGGAUGCAGUCGCUUCCGGGCUGCGCGCCGCCAGGCCACACAGCGAUGCGACUGACGUACUCGGUCGAGCUGAGCCCGCGCGCGUGGGUGCCGAUCGCCCUGAUCGAGGGCAACGUCGCGAGGACACUGGGCGAGAACCUCGAGGCGAUCCGCGACUUCGUCGUCGAGCAGGGAGAGUGCUGCCAGGUGGAGGACGAGGGCCGCGAAGAGAGCGAUGAAGCCCGUUGAGGAGCGAGGGCCGAGAGAGGCCGCGUGGCAUGAAAGAAGCAUGAGCGUACGACGGCUGUACACGGAGCUAGGGCACUACAACUCUCACACUGAGUCUUUUGGAGUCGAGAGUUUACUGGACAGACUUGAUUAUAGUGCGCGUUGGGC